AUGCCUCUGGCCUCGGCCCUCCUGCUGCUGUUGGGCCUGAGCGCCCACGGAGGCGGGGGCUGCCUUCAGUGUGACCUGUCCGUGCGGAAGGCCCUGGGCCAGCUUGCUUGGCGCUUCCAUCCGGAGCUGCUGCAGGCCCGUGCCCAGGCCGUGCUGCUGGGCAUGGAGAGGCCUUUCUUCCGGGACUACGCUGUGAACGCGUUUGCUGGGAAAGUAGGGAGAGAUCACCUAGAACCUGUGGCGUCUUUUAUCAAGAACCAAACAAGCCACUUAAUGGUUAAUUCUUUAAGAGAUGGGCCUCUGCUGGAUGAGCUGGUGGCUCUCAGGGAGAGAGUGAUCAAGGAACUCAAGAAAGUUUUAAAAUCGUAUGAACUGAAAGCCUGCCACCACAAAAUUUGCCGCUUGCUAAAAGAAGUCUUAGACUGUUUACAUUGCCAGAAGAUCAGUCCCAAGUGUAUCAAAAGAAAGCACUGUUUUGUUGACAGGCAGCCCCGCAUGACCCUGCAGUACCAGAAGGAGGAGGAGAACCUGCAGAAAGGUGGUGCUGUCAUUUCCAUUUUUCUGGCUGUUUUUGCCUUCGGGGUCAUCGUGGCCUCGGCUAUUAUGUACAGGCAAAACCGAAAACUCCUGCUGCAGUAAGGCGGUGGUUUGGGGGUCUGUAAGGG